GGUUUUUUCCCCCCAGGCAGGCGCCUCUCCUAGCCCUACCUGGAGAUGCCAAAAGGCACCACCCCCAAGAUCCCCCCUCCUUCUCCCCCCUCCGCCCAAGGCCUGGCCCCAGGAGAGCCUCCCCACGCAUGAGCCCUCCCCGCCAGAGGAACCAAGGGGCACCGGGUGCCUGCUUCCCGGGGGAGCCCGCACGGAGGACGCGCCGACUUCCGGCACGGAAAAGAGGAUUGUGGGCGGGCUGGCGGAGGAGGUGGACGAGCGAGUGCUCCACGCAGCCUUCAUCCCUUUCGGCGACAUCACGGACAUCCAGAUCCCCUUGGACUAUGAAACGGAAAAGCAUCGAGGUUUUGCUUUCAUUGAAUUUGAGCUGGCUGAGGAUGCUGCAGCAGCCAUUGACAACAUGAAUGAGUCUGAGCUCUUUGGGAGGACAAUCCGUGUCAACCUGGCCAAGCCAAUGAGGAUUAAGGAAGGAUCCUCCCGUCCAGUUUGGUCAGAUGAUGACUGGCUCAAGAAAUUUUCAGGGAAGACGCUUGAGGAGAAUUUGGAGGAAGAGGGGGCAGUGCCUGCCCAAUCAGAGGCACAGGAGGGUGAGCCACCAGCAAAAAAAUCAAGGGCAAAUCCCCAGGUUUACAUGGACAUCAAGAUUGGAAAUAAGCCUGCCGGUCGAUUGAACAUCCUGUUGCGAUCUGAUAUUGUACCUAUGACCACUGAGAACUUCCGCUGUCUGUGCACCCAUGAGAAAGGCUUUGGCUUUAAGGGAAGCAGCUUUCAUCGUGUCAUCCCUCAGUUCAUGUGCCAAGCUGGAGACUUCACCAACCACAAUGGCACUGGGGGCAAAUCUAUCUAUGGGAAGAAAUUUGAUGAUGAAAACUUUAUCCUGAAGCACACGGGGCCAGAUGUUGGGAAAUUCUUAGAGGAACACUUGAGAGAGUCUAAUGCAAUGGAUGUGUGUGUCUUGAUAGGCUUGUUGGCCAUGGCCAAUUCUGGCGCCAACACCAAUGGCUCUCAGUUCUUCAUCACCUGUGAUAAGACCGACUGGCUGGAUGGGAAGCAUGUGGUGUUUGGAGAGGUCGUGGAAGGGAUGGACGUCAUGCGGCAAAUUGAGGCUCAAGGCAGCAAAGAUGGGAAACCAAAGCAAAAAGUUAUCAUCUCGGAUUGCGGUGAAUAUGUAUGAACACAGAAGCUAAUUGGGCAUAUUCACAUUGCUGUCACAUACAAGGGUUUUUAGCUAUCCUUGUUGACAUCUGUAGAUUCUUAAGAAAUCUAUUUUGUACAAAUUUUUCUUUUAUAAAAUAAAUUAUAGCUAUUUUUUUAA